CAUGAUAAAUUGAUAAUAUUAAAAUUCCUCCAAUGCUUGCGAAAGUUUUGUCUGUUUAUAAUUUGUGUUUUUUUGUUGAUUAAUGUUGUUACACGGACCUGGUAUUUGACUGCGUUAAGGUGUUCUUAGCAAUAAGGAGAUUACUUAACUGUAUAAAUGCCGUGACGAACAUUGAUUAAAAUGAGUAAAAUGUCGAAGAAUAAAUUAAACUUGACCCUCCCACCAGGGUCUAUAGAUACGGCUCCAGCUGUAACACCGUCUAAUAUGACACCACAGCUAAAAUCAGCUACUGGUUCAGAACGACAAGGGUUAGCUGGCAAAUCGAAGACGAGCAUUGAAGCUCUCACUGAGCGAUUGGAGCAGAUCGAAAUGGACGACACACAGAGACGAAGAAUAGAAGUCUUCCUCUGCCAGAAAGAGAAGAUUGGUGAACUGAGUGAUGAUGACUUUGAAAAGCUUGGUGAACUAGGCCAAGGGAAUGGUGGUGUGGUGAUGAAGGUGCGCCAUAAGUCCACGGGUCUCAUCAUGGCAAGGAAACUAAUCCAUCUCGAAGUGAAGCCAGCUAUAAAGAAACAGAUUAUAAGGGAACUGAAAGUACUUCACGAAUGCAACUUUGCUCACAUUGUUGGAUUCUAUGGAGCAUUUUAUAGCGAUGGCGAAAUAUCUAUUUGCAUGGAAUACAUGGAUGGUGGAUCGUUGGAUUUGAUAUUGAAGAAGGCUGGAAGGAUUCCUGAGUCAAUUCUAGGAACAAUAACAUCAGCGGUAUUAAAGGGCCUCAGCUACUUGCGAGACAAGCACGCGAUAAUGCACCGUGACGUGAAACCGUCCAACAUUCUCGUGAACAGCAACGGAGAGAUUAAGAUUUGUGAUUUUGGUGUGUCUGGACAACUCAUUGAUUCUAUGGCUAACUCCUUUGUGGGAACGCGAAGUUAUAUGUCGCCGGAACGUCUGCAAGGCACUCACUAUUCAGUCCAAUCAGAUAUUUGGUCACUCGGUCUAUCACUUGUAGAGAUGGCUAUAGGCAUGUACCCCAUACCGCCGCCUGAUGCGAAAACAUUAGCUGCUAUAUUUGGCGGUCAGAAUGAAGAUCACUCGCCUGGCCAGGCGCCAAAUUCACCUCGUCCAAUGGCGAUAUUCGAGCUACUAGAUUACAUAGUGAACGAACCUCCACCAAAGCUUCCGGGUGGAGUAUUUUCCGACGAGUUCACUGACUUUGUUGAUCGAUGUCUCAAGAAAAACCCCGAUGAAAGGGCCGACCUUAAGACGCUGAUGAACCACGAGUGGAUCCGCGGCGCGGAGGCUGAGCGCGUGGACAUAGCGGGCUGGGUGUGCAAGACGAUGGACCUCAUGCCCUCCACACCCAACUCCAACGUGUCUCCUUUUUCUUCAUAAGCUGCAAGAAGUGCAUACUUUCAUCAGCGAAAAAGGGUCAAAACAUUUCCCAAGAGAAAGCGGGCGAGACAAUCAGUGAGGACGCUGGCGCAGAGUAGCUGCCCCCAACAGGCCGCAGUAUGUCAACUCUAGACAACCAUUACACACCAACAAUCAACCAAACAACCAACCAACCAAUCAACCAAACUCAUGUAGAGACGAACCUUUGCCUAUUUUCAAACCCGGGCACUUUUAAAUUGCGGUUCUUUUACGUUAUGUCUUCCCGAUAUUGCGAAGUUGUUUACAUUGCGGGUACAUCGUUCAAUUGAAAUUUGUGUUUUCAGAUUUUAUUUAAAAACGAGUAUUGAAUGUGUUCUUAAAGCAUCUCGUCUCUAUGAAACAUAUUGCAUUGAUAAAAAAAUAUAUAAACGGACGUCCUUUGCGAUGUUAAAUUAUCGAGAUCCGUUCGCUUAUUGGAAUCUUGUAUUACGUAAGGAAUAAUUCUGGGAGAUUAUGUGGCGACGACGCAGGGCUCGCGAUAUGCUCGUGGUGUCGGUGGGCGCUCCACCACCGUAUGCGGCGCUAUACGGUGCGAUGGACGCGCGACGACAGCGAAGCCGACAUUUCCGACACAGGGUGUGAUACUAAAACAUUGUGCAUUCGCGGACAAACUAAUCGAGGGGUUUUUAAACGAACUAAACAUCUAAUCGAUUAAUGGUCAAGUAGAGUUGAUUUCACUAGUUGCAAGUCGAAAAAAUUGUUAGUAGUGUUUUGACAUAUUUUUCUUUGCUGAAAGUGCGUAAUUCAUGUCAGCUGGUAAAUGUUAUUAAAAUAGUUAAGACGCCCGCGCCGGCCACUAAUGUGGGCGGCGUCGAGCCCCGCAAUACUCAAACGGGCGGCCCAGCGCCGCGCGUGGGAGCGUUGCGGGUCUCCACCCUCAUCUAGUUAUCUUGUAAAAGAAUGCGUUUUCUAGAAAAUACACGAAUAAAAAAAUAUGUAAACGAAAAAAAAAAAUCGAAAAAAUUUUACUUCGUAGAUACUUUUUUUUUCUAUUUUUGACGUGAUGCACUUUUUACCCGUUUGAUUUGUUUUAUUCGCUUCGUUUUAGUGAGCCCCGCCUUUUAUACCCAUAAUUGCACCUAGUACGUAGGCGACGCGCUACCGCAAUGUGUGCCGAACGAACGAUGAGAGUGAGUGAUUUUUAUCCAAUUCUUGCGAUUGGGUGAUAAUCACUUGUGCGACGAAGCAUUUUUGAAUUGUUGGCGCUUCCAUACAUUGUUGUAGUAUGUACAUUUAUUCACUUAGAGCACUUAAGUCCCGUGUGUAUUGCAUGUUCGCUUGGUGGUCGCUAUUAUUUUGCCCCGUCUUCCUGUUUAGAGGUUAGUUUGUGAUAUUUAUUAUAAUCAUGCUUGUAUGGAAUGUUUUGGCAUAUGAAUCGAACUAUUUAUGAAUAACGCCGAAAUCUUAUUUAGAUAGGCAUCUAUACAUUUAUUAUGUUAUGUGUAAUAUUUGAAUUACUGAUACUAUCAGUGCCAAUAAAGUUUGUUCCUCGUCUUUAUUGUACACUUUCAUCGUUAUGAAAGUUUAUUAAAUGUUCUUGAUAAAUAUAAAUGUUUCCCUUUUUAGAUUUUUCAAAUUUUCGCUAUGCGAUCACUGAUUGUUAAAAUUUUAAAUGUUAAAAACAUUGAUGAAAUUAUUAAAGACAGUAAUUUGAAACUUUAGUAAAUAAAUAAUUAACCAUUUUUAGCAAUCGUUUGAAAUUAAUGGCAUUUUAUUGAGAAAUUAUUUUAUAUCUAUUAGUUUUGGAUGUAAUUUUGUUGUAAAUAUUUUUACUUAUAUUUUUUACGAAAAGUUUGGCCUUCAAUUCCCUUUGAACUAGGUUAUCUGUGCAUUUAUAGUUAGAAAAUAAUGGUUGUUAUUAUAAUUACGUUAGGUUUUUAUUACAGGGUCAUAAUACAGUCAACUUUGCAAACAUCGUUGGCUUUCUGCGUGUUUUUCUAUUAGUAAAUACAGAUUAUUAAAAUGAAUACAUAGUAGUAGCUCGUUGACAAGCUUGGGUAUUUCAUUUAUCUAGGCAG